UCAUUCGUGCAUGUCACGCGUGAUGGUACGGUCGAUGUUCCACACCCCUCCGUCCUGCUUUCCACAGCAUGUUCCGCAUUCCCCUGAUCUGACAUUGUCUAAAUUUAAACCAAGAUCCCGUGCUCUAAAUGUGCCGUCGUUGUUAAUCAUGUGGUGGUGUUAUUCAGUGAAAUUCAGCAAUACAUAACCUAAACCUACCCUAACGGAGAUAGCCUUUGGUGGCUUACCGUCGAUAUGGCAACUCAGGAAGCCUACAUUGCUGCCAUUGAUAUUGGUACAACAACCCUCCGAUGCCAUAUCUACAAUGAAAAGGCUGAGAUCAAAGGAACAGGAAUGCAAAAGACCAUCGUUCAUCGCCCAGGCCAUGGGAUGGUGGAGAUUCUACCGGAUGUUCUCUUGGAGAAGUUUACUGCCGUGGUGAAGGAUGCAAUCUCCGAUGCUGGUCUGGAAGCGGCACAGAUUGUUGCCAUGGGGAUAUCAACGCUCAGGGGUACUUUCCUCACGUGGAACAGAGAAACGGGUGUACCAUACCAUAACUUCAUUUGUUGGAAUGACACCAGAGCUGAGAAGCAAGCUGAUGUCAUCAACCGCUCCUUGUCUUUCAAGUGCCUUAAGAAGGCAUCUAAGCUAGCGCACAUCUUUUCUCGCUUACAGCGUUUUGAGGCGGGCAGCAUCUUCCGAUUUAUGUCACCACAUUCAUCAAUAAGGCUUUACUGGGUACUGGAAAAUAUUCCUGGGGUGAAACAAGACGCCCAAGAAAACAAAGUCAUGUUCGGCACAAUUGAAACCUGGCUUGUCUGGAAGCUUACCAAAGGGAAAGUGCAUGCCACAGAUUUCUCCAACAUUGCUGCAACGGGCAUGUAUGAUAUGUACAAUAAAAGUUGGAACACCAUCCACUCCUACUAUCUGGGGAUUCCACUGAAUAUGAUGCCAGAGAUUAAAAAUACAAGCGACGAUUUUGGAGAAUGUGAUCCUGAGUUCUUUGGUGCCUCUAUUCCCAUCAGGGCUGUGGUUGGUGAUCAGCAAAGUUCGUCAUUUGGACAAUGUUGUUUUAAAGAAGGGGAAGUCAAGGUCACCAUGGGAACAGGAACGUUUCUUGCCCUUAACACUGGCAGUAAAAUAUGUCUUCCUGAAUGUGGUAUUUAUCCCAAUAUUGCUUGGAAACUCGGAGAUGAAAUUGUUUAUCAGAUGGAGUGCCACGAUUCUGAUGCAGGCACAGUGAUUGAAUGGGGGUUACAGAUGGGUUUGUAUGAUAGCCCAGCAAAGUCUGUGGAAGUUGCAAACUCUGUGGAGGACUCAGACGGAGUUUGCUUUGUACCGGCUUUCUUCGGAUUACAGGCACCUAUCAAUGACUAUAAUGCCUGCUGUUCACUGAUGGGCCUAAAACCUUCAACGACUCCUGCCCACAUUGCCAGAGCUGCCUUAGAGUCCAUUGCAUUCAGAGUUGUCCAACUUUACAACACAGCCAGAAGGAGAAGUGGAACAAGAAUUAGACCAGUUCUGAAAUUUGACGGUGGUGUCAGCAACAAUGAUUUCAUUGUCCAGUUAGUGUCCAGCUUGCUGCUUCAGAAGGUUGACCGGCCACACAACUUGGACAUGUCAUGCCUGGGGGCCGCUUUCCUAGCUGGGCUCGGUGCUGGGAUAUGGAAGAACAAAGAGGAACUGUUGCCUCUCCGCUCGUCCCAAGCCAUCUUUGAACCAAAGGAUGUUAUUGACACCUACGAGCCAAUCUGUAGGGACUGGAUGCGAGCUGUCAGAAGAUCACAAGAAUGGUAUGUAUGAUGAGCACGACAAUCGUUAGUCAAAGGUGAACACUUUGGACAAUUCUUGAUUUUAUUGUUAUGUAUUUUAAGGAAUGAAUUGAAAUGAUAUCUAAAUCAUACGGGUAUUUAAUUUUGUCACAGUGCCAGGAUAGUGGUCAACUUCAUAUCUCGAGUAAAAUUGGAGAUUACAAUGAUCAUUCUGUUGUUUAUUAUGUUCCCAUGAAAGUCCUUUUCAGUCCGGAUGAUUUGUGCGAAAUGCCAACAGUUUUCAUUUGGUACAAUAGGAGUGUGUGGGGAAAAUGAUCAUGUUCGUUGAAUGUAUGUUUUGUGUGAGGCACAAAAUGGAGCAUUUCUAAACGGGAUUACUAAAAAUUUACUUUUCUAAUUCUAGCACUAACUUAUCAAAGGUCACAGUACUGUUCUGCUUUUACAUUGAUCCUAUUUCUAUGUACAUGUAGUUGAUGUACAACUCGAGUGUUUAUUUUAUUAUUUCUAUUAUGUAAGAAGCUGUUGAAUACUGACAUGAAUGUUUCAACUUUAGUUCGUUCCAUGAAGGACUUUUUAAGAUGUAAAUUUUGGAGGAUGAUUUUCAUUUGAAUUUUCUACAUUUGUAUAAUAUUUUUAUACUUUUCUGAUAACCGUUUUGCCGCAGUGACAACAUGCUGCAGGUGUGUUUUUCAUUCUGUUAUGACUGUCUCUUUGUUUUUCUGCCUUCAAGUCAGACUUCCAUGUCAUUUGAGGUAUAAGGCCAAGCUUUGUACGGAAUUGUGACCGUACAAAUGAGGUCUCUUCAAGGAAGUGGUGGAAUUCAAAACCAGUGUUAAAAAGGUUUCAGCCUUGUUGCAAAGAGUGUAUUCACGUGCUCUCGAUCAGUUGAUUUUUUAUUCGGGUUAAAUUUUUUGUACAAGUAUUGUCUACUUCAGCUCUCAAUCAAAUCUCACUGACGGAGUGUCAUUACGGAAGACACUGUAACAAGUGCCCUGUGUCUGUUUUCUACGAUUUUAAGCCUGUGUCUCUGUCUUUACUCGCAAAGCUUGAGUCAAGUUCACAAAGUGGAAGCAAGAUUCCCAAACUGGGCAUAUCUUAUAAGAAUGUACAGUCAAUUUUAUUGUCUUCCUUGUCAGGUGUACAUUGCAUAUUGACAAGAGAACCUCAAAAAUUAAUAGACAGCUGGGCCUAUUACCUUGAUCGUACAAAACCACACGUUUUGUUUUAUUUUGUGUUCUCUCAAAAUUAUUAGAAAUUAACCAUAGUGAUUGUUUUUGUUAAUCUUGAAAGAAAUCUUUUGAAAUAUGAUAUAAGAUUUGCGAUAUAGCAUGAAUUAAAUCUCUCUAUCAACAAAGUC